AUGGCUGACCGCGUCUCCAUCGCGGCAGCUAUUGCUGGCCUCCUUCCGGUUGUCAACGACCCUCAUGGAUUACCUGAGCAGGAGCUUCAAGGGUUUGCCGGGGCACGGCCGCUCUUAGCUUGGGGGAUACUCCAGCAGCUGGUGCUCCUGCUCCAGACACUCACCAACCCGGAGAAGCUCAAGUCCAGAUACGGUAUUUUGGUUGAAAAGCUCGGCAGUCUUCACAGACCCGAAGACAUAGCCAUCGAGAUGAACAACAUCUCAGAUUAUCUCUAUACUAUCGACAGCCGCUUUUCUUCAAAAGACUUGGGAAAGUUUGAAGAGUGCCGCCUCCGGCUCCUAGGCCUUCUCCAGAGCAUCCGUCUCACCCUCUGGGGCGGGAGCACCGAGAUGGAGGAGUUGAUAGAGCGACUAAGGGAGUUCAACCGGAACCUGCAGCUGUUUACCGCACCGGACACGAGGGAUGUUGUCAAGCGAUUGGUCUUUCAGCUGGCUGUCAAGGACGUCGGGCGUGAUAUUGACCGAACAAAGCGGCUGGAAGAAGCGGCGACUUACGAAGCAAAGCAUUCGAUCGAUGACGGAGAGAGACAGAGCUAUGAUGAUAUCGCGAAGUUUGUCAACUUUGCCAUGGCCGUCCAAGCCUCUGACGCCAAGAUGUCCGGCAAGAAGAUCUUCCGCCUCGACGAUUUUUCUUUCGACGCCCCUUACUACCUCGACAAGAACGCCACGUUGGCUCGACUGUUCGAUUACCCUACCAAGUACCAAUCCCGGCUGGUCCUUGUCGAAUGGGUAAGCACCGGAAGGGGAGGCUCCAGAACUAACAACUCCAUCCUAGAGGCGUUAGACGAGGCCAAAGUAACUUGGUACAUCCUGCACGCCGUGAAGCCCGAGAAGCUUCUCCUACCAGCCACGAUUGGAAUCAUCUUCGACGAGUCAAGCCCGGGGACUAUCGGGAUCGUUUUCCAACUGCCUUCACACAUCCGCGGAAACCUGCCCACGAAGCCUGUCCUCGGCAGACCCGGCCACCCAGACGGACGGGUGGUCCGCUCGCCCAAGACCAUCGCCGCGCAGCGGAUGCCCACCAGCCUGCGGCAGCUCAUCCUCGAGAGGGAACCCAAGGGUAUCGACCUCGGCAUCCGCUUCCAAAUCGCCAAGCGACUCCUCGACGCCGUCCACCUGAUGCACACCGCCCGGUUCACCCACAGUGAAGACGGCGCAAGGCAUACCAAGGAGAGACGAGUCUGCCUAGAUGGUGUGGACCCCAUGGUCACGCCAGCCAUCUCACGGCCUCGAGGUCAAAGUAGGCUCGACGAGCUUUUCUGCCGUAUCGAGGCCACCAGCAUACGACGCGAGAUUUUAUGUAAACCGAACACCGUGCCCAUGUCCGCCCACUUCGUUCCCUCGUCCUUCGUGGAUGGGUCCAGCGCCGGUACCAGGGCCGGGCCAUGGACCACCGGGACACGGACACGGACCAUCAGCUUUCGGCCCCCCAUCGUCAUCUUCUCUCGUAAUGCACCACCCCCCUCCGCGUGGGAGUGGGAGUGA